GCGUAUUGUAGUUAUAUUCGUAUCAAUUCGUAUUUUUACUGUGCUAUGAGUUACGUAAAAUUAAAUUCAUAGAUUCCAUUGCAUUUAUCUUUUUAAAAUUUUUAUAUAUUUCGUGUAUUAAGUAAUAUUACAUAUAAAUAGUUUUGAAAUAAUCGGUAAAAAUGGCAACAACUGUGCUUAAUGUGAAUGAAAUUAAAUUGAGAGCUUUAGAAGCUUUUGCGAAUAAAUUUGGAGAGAAUGCGAAUGUUUGUGUGUGCGCACCCGGUCGCGUGAAUUUAAUUGGAGAGCAUACUGAUUACAAUGAAGGUUUUGUUCUACCGAUGGCAUUGCCCAUGGUCACACUCAUAGUUGGAAAACGUAACAAUGUGGAUAAAUGUAAAAUUGUUUCCCUUAGUGAAAUAGUUAGUUCUGAAAAUUAUGUUGAAUUUGAAGUUAGGUCUCAUAAGAGUAUAAAACCAGGAGAACCAAAAUGGGCUAAUUAUAUAAAAGGAUGUAUAGCAAAUUUUAUUUGUGAUGUACCAUCUUUUAAUGCUGUAAUUGUAUCCUCUGUACCAGUUGGUGCUGGUCUGAGUAGUUCAGCUGCUUUAGAAGUUGCUACUUAUACAUUUUUGGAAGCAUUAACUGGUACAAAAUCAGAAAAGCCAGAGGAUAAAGCUUUAGCAUGUCAACGUGCUGAACAUGAUUUUGCUGGAGUUCCAUGUGGUAUCAUGGAUCAGUUUAUCUCUGUAAUGGGUAAAGAAGGCUAUGCUCUUCUUCUUGAUUGUAAAGAUCUUAGUACUAAACAAAUACCUAUAUCACAAAUAAAUGAUUAUGUCUUUCUAAUUACUAACUCUAAUGCUCCUCAUAAAUUAAGUUCAAGCGCAUAUUGUGAGCGCAGAGAUUGUUGUUAUGAAGCUGCAAAGAGAUUAAAUAAAAAAAGUUUGCGUGAAGUAUCUAUGAGUGAUAUUCAAGUUUUAAAAUCACAGAAUGUACCUGAAGAAAUGAUAAAACGAACUCGUCACGUAGUAACAGAAAUUCAAAGAACAAUUGAUGCCGCAGAUGCCCUAGAAAAAGGAAAUUUUAAUAAAUUUGGACAGUUAAUGAAUGAAAGUCAUGAUUCUUUAAAAAAAGAUUAUGAAGUAUCUUCUGUUGAGCUAGAUACUUUAGUAACAGCAGCAAGAGCAGUAAAUGGUGUAUUAGGAAGUCGUUUAACUGGUGCUGGUUUUGGAGGGUGUACAGUAACAUUAUUGAAGAAAAAUGUAAUUGAUGAAGCAAUUAAUCAUAUGAAGGCCAAGUAUUCUGGAAAUGCAACGUUUUAUAUAGCGAGUCCUGCAAUGGGUGCAAGAAUCCUGGAUAUAAAUUAAACAAUAUGAUAAUGGGAAGUAAUUAUUUAGCUUUAACUAAUAAAAAGUCAUGUUAUCUUCGAAAUCUAAUUAAAAAGACUUAUAAUUUAUUUUCAUAGUUAUAUUAAACAGGCUUGUUUAAUUUUAGA